UUGCCAUGGCGACGCACGUACACAGGCCGGGCAGGCGCGCGGGGUGCGGGGCCAGGAGGGAGACUCCGCAGAGCGCGGCAGGCCGCCUCGCCCUGGAGCUGUCAAGCCGCUCCCAACCCGCAGGGCUCUUGGAGGAGGACGGAGCUCUAGUUUCCUCCUCCUGACAGGGAAAUCAGAGAGAAUGAAAGCCUAUUUGAAGAGUGCAGAUGGCUUUUUUGUCCUAAAUAAAAGCACCACGAUCGGCAAGCAUACGGAUUCGGACCUUGUCUUACAGUCCUCAGACAUCGACAACCACCAUGCGCUCAUCGAAUUCAACGAGGCCGAGGGCAGCUUUGUCCUUCAGGACUUUAACUCCCGCAACGGCACCUUUGUCAACGAAUGCCACAUCCAGAACGUGGCGGUGAAGCUGAUCCCUGGGGACAUUCUGCGGUUUGGCUCUAUGGGGCUGACCUACGAGCUGGUCAUUGAGAGCCCGCCCCAGGUCUCCUGCCCAUGGAUGAGGGGCCCAGCACCUUGGCCAAGGCCGCAGCCACCUCUGCCCACACAGCAGCCACACCAGUCAUCCUCGCCACCCCACAUGCCCUUCCACCAGGGCAUCCCACCAACAACGGUGCAUAGAAGUUGGUCACAGGGUUGCCCCAGGCCCACCAUGGCCCCACCUGGCCCUCACCAGCGGCCCAUGAGUGCCAGCGGGAAGAUGUUUUCCUUUAUGAUGGACCCUAAAUCCCCUGUCAUCAAGCAAGUGUGGGCCAGCGCCAUGGAAAUGUCAGAGCAGUGUGUGGUCGAGGGAUUCUCCGGGACGAUGCCUCCCACCGAGAUCUUCAUGGACCAGGACCUAGGCCAGCAAGACAAGGAUGAGAUCAUUAUGCUGCUGGGGAGAGAGGUCAAUCGGCUCUCUGAUUUUGAAAUGGAGUCCAAGUACAAAGAUGCAGUAAUAAUGAACCUGCAGGGCGAGGUGGCCGAGCUGAGUCAAAGGCUAUCAGAGACCGCCGCCGCCGCCGCCACCGCCAGGCAGAGCGACAGGUGCGUCCACAAGUUCCAGGGCCUGGACGAAGACGAUGAUCUCAGGCAGAAGGAGAUCGAGAGUAUGAAAAGCCAGAUCAGCGCCCUUCAAAAAGGCUAUAGCCAGGUGCUAAGUCAGACCCUGGCCGAGCGCAACUCGGAAAUCACAUUAUUAAAGAAUGAAGGCGAGAGCUUAAAGAGAGACCAUGCCAUCACCUCAGGGAUGGUGACAUCUCUACAGAAAGACGUGAACGCACGGAACGAGCAAGUUCAGCAGCUAAAGGAGGAGGUGAGCCAACUGAAAAGCCAGAACAGAGAAAAGGAGCACCAGCUGGAAGCCCUGGGCUCCAGGUGUUCAGAGCUGAAAGAUGAGCUAAGGAAGGAAGAGGCUCAGAAGGAGAGCAGGGAAGCUCAGGAGAAAGAGUUGAAAUUCUGCAGAAGCCAAAUGCAAGACAUGGAGAAAGAAGUGAAGAAGCUCAGAGAGGAACUGAAGAAGAACUGUCCCAAUCAGAGCACCAUCUCCAAGACGCUGCGAGAAAAGAGCAAGGUUGAAGAGAAGCUUCAGGAAGAUUCCAGAAGGAAAUUGCUUCAGCUGCAAGAAAUGGGGAACAGAGAGAGUCUCAUUAAAAUCAAUUUGGAAAGGGCAGUAGGCCAGCUAGAGCACUUCAGAAGCCAGGUCAUCAAAGCCGCGUUUGGAAGAGCAAAGCCAUUCCGUGACAAGCCCAUCACCGACCAGCAGCUGAUAGAGAGGAUCAUCCAGGUCACCGAGGACAGCCUCAGCUUCCAGCAGAGGAAGUGGACCCUGCAGAAGGAUACCCAUCUGGGCAGCUCCAAACGGGAGGAGACCGCACUGAACGUGGAGAAGCUGAGGGCGCUGCUCAACAACUGCCAGGCCUGCAUGAGGGAUUCCUGCAGCAGCAGUGACCUGAAGAAGGAAGUGGGACUCCUUCAGCACCUGCAGCUCAGCCCACCCCUGUCAGGGCUUCAGAGGGCUGUACUGGACAUCCUGCGCGUCUCCCUGUCCUGGCUGGAGGAAACAGAGCAGCUGCUUAGGGACCUCAGCAUCCAGCUGUCUGGUUCUGACAAAGGGUUCUCUCUAUAUCUAAUAUAUCUUCUGGAACAUUACAAGAAAAUCAUGAGCAAGACCAAGGAACUUCAGGUCCAGAUGAGCACUUCGCAGGAAACUCAGCAGUCUCUGCAGCAGGAGCACCUGGCCGAGAAGGAGAAGCUGAACAAGGAGAAGCUGGAACAAGAGGAGAAGCUGAAAGCCAGAAUCCAGCAGCUGAUGGAAGAGAAGGAGGCUUUGGAGGAGAGCGUCACUCGGGAGAAACACGCAGCACAGGAGGCCCUGGAGAAGGCACAAAGUCGAGUCUGUGAUCUGGAGAGCCACUUGGCCUGUCAAAAGGAGGUCUUGGAGAACAGUGUGGCUCACGAGAAAAGGAAAAUGCGGGAAGUACUGGAGGCAGAAAGGAGGAAAGUACAAGACCUGGAGAAUCAGCUGACCCAGCAGAAGGAGAUCUCAGAGAGCAUCACCCACGAGAGACUCAAAAUUCGAGACACUCUAGAGAAGGAAAAAAGGAGAAUACAGGACCUGGAGAAUCGCCUGACCAAGCAAAAAGAGGAGAUAGAAUUAAAGGGGCAAAAGGAGGACAUCUUAAAUACUAAAUUAAACGACGCCCUGGCCGUGCUAGGCGAGGCGCAGCAGAUGAAGACAGCCGAGAACCUCAAGGCCCAGAACCUUGCCCUCAAGUUAAAUGAAACGUUAGCCGAGCUGGAAACAACCAAGACAAAGAUGAUCAUGAUGGAGGAUCGGCUGAGGCUGCAGCAGCAGUCGAUGAAGGCCCUGCAGGAUGAACGGGAAUCCCAGAAGCACGGCUUCGAGGAGGAAAUCAUGGAGUACAAAGAACAGAUCAAACAGCAUUCGCAGACCAUCGUGAACCUAGAGGAGAGGCUCUACCAAGUAACUCAGCACCACAGGAAAAUAGAUGGGGAGAUCGCAACGCUGAAAGACAACGAACCAGUUCAAAAGGAGGAAGUGCCCCAAGAGCCCGCAGAAAUACCCCCGCUGGACAGCAGUACCAAAGAAGUAGCGUGUGACCACCUGAUAGAUGACUUACUAGCUGCUCAGAAGGAAAUCCUGUCUCAGCAGGAGGUCAUCAUGAGGCUGAGGACAGACCUCAAUGAAGCCCAUGGCAGGAUGUCAGACCUGAGAGGGGAGCUGAAUGAGAAGCAGAAGAUGGAGCUGGAGCGACAUGUGGCCCUGGUGCAACAACAGAACCAAGAGCUGAGCAUGCUCAAAUCGAAGGUGGCGCAGACCAGCGGCCUGGUGGAGAAGAAAGACAGGGAACUGAAGGUCCUCAGGGAGACGCUCAGGACUUCCCAAGAGAAACAUAGACCCCACCUGAGCGUGGAGCAGAAGCCUAGGAUUCUGAACCAGAAGUGUGACAUCUCUUUGCAGAUAGAACCAGUUCACCCAGAUACAUUCUCCAGCUUCCAAGAGGAGCAGUCCUUCAGUGACCUGGGGGCCAAGUGCAAAGGGUCUCGACACGAGGAAGUCAUUCAGCGGCAGAAAAAGGCCUUGUCGGAACUCCGGAUACGAAUCAAAGAGCUGGAGAAGGGCCACUCUCCCAAUCAUAAGGACCACGUGAAUGAAUCGUUCCUAGAACUAAAGACCCUCAGAAUGGAAAAAAAUGUACAGAAAAUAUUAUUAGACGCAAAGCCUGACCUGACGCCUCUCUCAAGAAUAGAGAUCCGAUCGCCCCAGAAUGGCCUUUUAAACUCGGGCUCCAACUUGGCCAUCGAGAAGUCGAUGAGAACAGAUGCUACAGAAGCCUUAGAACUCAGUGAGAAGCUGUACAUGGACAUGAGCAGGACACUUGGCAGCCUGAUGAAUAUCAAGGACAUGUUGGGCCAUGUGAACUUGAAGCACCUCUCACCCAAAGAGCGGGAGGCGGUCAACCACCUCCGACAGAAGGACCUGGACCUGGUGUUUGAUAGGAUCACUCAGCUCAAGAACCAGCUUCAGAGGAAAGAAGAACUCCUGAGAGGGUGCCAGUGGGAACUGGAGCAGCUCAGGCAUAGCAAAGUGUCCAUUCAGAUGUACCAGACGCAGGUGGCAAAGCUGGAGGAUGAUGUCUACAAAGAAGCCGAGGAAAAGGCGCUACUGAAGGAGGCCCUAGAGCGCACAGAGCAGCAGCUGUACCAGGAAAAGAGACUCAACAGGGCCCUCAAGCAGCAUAAGGACCGAGUGGAAGAUCAAGAGCAAAGAAACACAUCCUGCAGCUGUCCCUUCAAAGACAGUGAGAAGCAGGUUGGAGCCAAGAAAGCCACCCUGAAGACAGGCCAAGAAAGAGAGACAAAGAAGGAGGCAUGCAGGUCUAGCCAGAGUCUUUCGUUUGCUAAGCUGGGUGGAAAGAAAUAGAAAGCACCCUGUCCCAGGGCCUCAGAUGGUCCUGAGUGAGUCACUUUGACUCUCCAGUAACUGAGGGAUUUUUAUAGCACUUUAAAGAUGAUUUGAUAUUUUCACAGAAUGUAUUUUGGAUUAUGUGGAGAGAGGAUUUUUUUUAAAUAUCUAUAAAUGUAUAUACAUGCAGGUAUAUAAAGAAUAUGUCUAUAACCCAAACUCCUAGUUUUGUGGACACAGUUGUGUGGUUCACUUUUGGGUUACAGUGUACCCAAGCAUCGGCUCCUCUAAGGAGCUCCAGGAGACCCAACUGGAGCCACAGGGCAAAGGGGAAACUGAAUUUAUAUCUGAGUUUAUUAUAAUAAAUUUAGAAUGCCAAUCAAUUCCAUCGCUUCUGUAAUCCUGACUGACAUUUCUACAGCACUUUGCAGUUCUCAAUCACUUCUCGAAGAAUCCUUUCCCCAAGCCCUUCAUUCCUCCAUUUCACAGAGCUGGAUGUCAAGCCCCAGAGAGGUUGACUGGCCUGCCUACAGUCUCUCAGCCGGUACACUCAGGAGCUGGGCUCAGAGGCUGGCUGUCUAAUUCUGUCACAUUGUCCAUUCUGCUGGACCGAGUGACCCUUGUCUUCCCAGUCUCUGGCUACAGGACAGACCAAGAACUCAGUCACCAAAGAACACGUACUCGGUUUCCAUGGUGUUCACAGAGACUCUCUUUCUUCUCUGGUGCCCUGCCUUCUGUUUACCUCCUCACUGACAUUCUUUCUUGGCCUUGCAGCCAACCACACCUAGGUGGAGAAGGAGCCAAAGGACACAAAAUUGAUUGUUG